AUGUCUCCGAGUCCAUCUUGGCGGUUGCAUUGUAACGUGCGCUAUGACGCAAAGACCAGCCACAAAAGCAAACAGGCUGCUGCCCCCAACAUACAAGGGCUCAUCAUACAUACAUUCCCUUUUUCAAGCCUCGGUGAGCUUGAAAAUAAUGCAGUUAAGAGCCAAGCUCUGCUGCCAUCACUCAUCAUGCAGUCGACAUUGUUUUCCGUCGUCGCGCUCUGUGCCAAUCUAGCUGCUGGAGCUGUGACAGCGUUACAGAAUGGUGCCGGCAUUUCUUCCCUCGACGAUGCAAAAUGGACCGUGACGAAUGAGCAUGGGAAUAUUACGGUGCCGGGAAAAUUUCCAUCACACGUACAGCUCGACUUGUUUGCUGCUGGGGUUAUUGAGGAUCCACUCCGCGGCUUCAACGAUAUUGAUCUCCGAUGGAUAGCGAAUCAGAACUGGACAUAUACAAGUGGUCCUCUCGCUAAUCUUACUCACGAUGAAGGCCUGAAAACUUGGCUCGUGUUCGAUGGAUUGGACACCUUUGCGACAGUGAAAUUUUGUGAUCGGGUUAUUGGCAGCACAGACAAUCAAUUUCGCCAGUGGCAGUUUGAUAUCACUCCGGCUAUGCAAAGCUGUAAAGACACGCCCAGGUUGAGCCUCAACUUUGGAAGCGCGCCGAAGAUUGCUAACGCCAUAUCCGCUAGCAAGCCACAACCCUGGUCAAAAGCACUUAUCGCCGCAUGGACGUUCGAAGUUCCGAACAGGAACUUUGUCAGAAAGCAACAGUCUGACUUUGGCUGGGAUUGGAGUCCUGCAUUCACUCCUGCAGGGCCAUGGAAAAGCGGCCGAAUCGUCCAAGUCCGAGAUGAAGAGUAUCUGCAUGCGGUAAACACUGUUGUUGACGUCUAUCGGCGAGGCCAGACCAAUAAUUUCGCCCCCGACCAAAGUCAGCCGUGGGUGGUAAAUGCUAGUAUCGAUUACAUCGGAACCCUGCCGAGCGGCUCCUACAUCGACGCCACGAUCACGAGCACUUCAAAAGAUUGCGCGGUGUUAUUCCAAGGCCAACUGGCGGACCUGCAGGUAUCUGAAAAUGCAAUCAGUGGCAGCAUCGAUAUUGGCAGCUCAAAGCCAAAGCUCUGGUGGCCAAAUGGCAUGGGAGAUCAAAGCAUGUACACCAUUGAGCUUGAGGUGCGGAACUCAAAUGGCUCAUCACCACUAUUGAAAUCCUCACGACGUUUUGGAUUUCGCACUAUUCUUCUCAGUACUGGAGCCACGAGCGAGGAAGAGGUUACGGGAGGCAAACAGCCCGGAAACGACUGGCAUUUCGAGAUCAACGGCCAUCAAUUUUAUGUCAAAGGCUCCAGUCUCGUACCACCAGAUGUUUUUUGGCCGCGCGCCAACGCCAAGCAGAUGAACGACAUGUUUGACGCCAUGCAGCACCAAAAGUUCAACAUGCUUCGCGUUUGGUCGUCUGGCUCCUAUCUCCCCGAUUUCAUUUACGAUAUAGCUGAUGAGCGUGGCAUCCUUCUGUGGAGCGAGUUUCAGUUUGGAGAUGCACUGUAUCCGGACGACACAAAUUUUAUCGAGAGUGUGCGGAAGGAGGCGGCCGACAAUGUUCGUCGUGUCAAUCACCAUCCGUCAUUGGCAUGCUGGGCCGGUGGCAAUGAGAUCGAAAAUGUUGUCCUCCCAAUCUCAAAGAUGGCAGAUAACAAGAACUAUCUGUUGUACGUGGGCCAGUAUGAACACCUUUACAUCGACACUCUCUUUCGAGUAGUGGCUGCCAACUCCCGAUCGAUUUCUUACACCCCUUCGAGCGGCAACAACGGAUGGACGAAAAUUGACAUGAACCUUCCUGUACCUAUGGUACAAGUGUACGACAAUAAGACCAAAGGCCACCUCUACGGCGACACGGAGUACUACAAGUACGAAGCUGGCCCAGCAUUUGACGAAAGUGCGUAUCCCGUGGGGCGUUUUGCGACCGAGUUUGGUUUCCAGAGCAUGCCUAGUUUGCAGACGUGGAGAACUGCCAUCAAUGACGAAGAUUUGCAAUUUAAUUCUUCUGUGAUUGUUUCCAGGAACCAUCACUAUCCACCAGGUGGCCUGGUUGCAGACGUGUCCAAGAGCUUGAAGGGCAUGGGAGAAAUGACAGACGCUGUGGAGCUUUACUACCCUUUGCCCGAGAAGACAGAUCCAAUCGAACAUUUCAGCGCGUGGUGCCAUGCAACGCAGCUAUUCCAGGCCGAUUUCUAUCAGAACCAGAUCCAGUUCUAUCGUCGCGGCAGCGGCGGAAAAGAACGACAGCGAGGUACCUUAUUCUGGCAGCUGAAUGACGUUUGGCAGGCGCCGAGCUGGGCGGCUCUCGAGUACGGCGGUCGUUGGAAAGUACUACCGUACUACAUCCGCCGCGGUUACCAGAAUGUUGUCGUAUCAACUUCAUGGAACAGCGCGUCGAAAAAUCUGGAAAUUUGGGUCACCUCGGAUUUGUGGCAGGCGGUCUCCGGAGAGGUCUCUAUGACUUGGGUCGAUUUGCAAGGCAAACCACUGAAAAACAAUCUCAAGUUCCCCAAGACCCUCAAUUUCACUGUCGAUGCCCUCAGCAGCACCAAAGUGCACAAGGCUGUCUUGCGAGCCUUUACUAUGGCAGACCCUGAAAAUGCGUUGCUUAUGCUAUCGGUCGAAGCCCAUGGCCAGCUUCCAAAUUCCAACGUGCGCGAGAAGUUUACACAUGAGGUUUCGUUUCUCCCUGUUGCACCAAAAAAGGCAAAAAUAACAGAUCCUGGCUUGCGUCUCACGUACGACGCCGCCUCGGGCAAAUUUACCGUGGAGGCGACCAAAAGUGUGUCGCUGUACACUUGGCUUACGCACCCUGCCGACAUGGUGGGCUUUUUCGAUGAUAACGCAUUUGUGCUAUUACCAGGGCAGAAGAAAGAGAUUGGGUUCACGCUGCAACAAGACGAGACGAAUGGCAGCUGGGUACAUAAUGUCACAGUUAAUAGCUUGUGGGAUCUAAACCACGAUUAG